AUGGCCCAUCCCUCCCGGCAGGGUAGCCCUGAGAUGGUGCGGCAGCCUGCGCUCUCUUCCUUCUUGCAGGAAAAGUUGCAACGGGAACGCAAGGCCGAGAGCGACAAGCUGGCUUUCUCGGCCUCGCUGUCCCGGGCCGACAUGAGCGCCUCGGUCGACAUUGGCCGCAUUGUCCAGACCUCGCUCUUCAAAGCCCCCGACCCUCUCGGCGGCCGGCCCCGAUCGAGCGCUGGGAUGGAGCCGCCUAAGAAAAGGGGUCUGGGCCUGAAGGAAAUGGAACAGGUCGUCUCCAGCCUGCAUAAACAAAACUUCGACCUCAAGCUCGAGCUCUUCCACCGGCGCGAGAGACAGACGGCGCUGGAAGAGCGCAUCGAGGCUCUCGACGCUAACCGGAAAAAGACACACGACGUAACCGAUAGGCUUGUCGAGGAGCUCGAGAAACGCGACAAGGCUGUCGAGGAAGCCGUUGCCAUGAUUGUCAUGCUCGAGGCCAAGGUUGACCAACUCGUCACGGAGCGCUGCAUGGUGCAGCGGGUGGAGAGCGCGGGCUUGUUCAGCACCCGGGACUUCGGCUCAAGUUACGGAACUGCCACACCCCAGGCGGCGGGACCGCGCGUCACCAAGCUAGACGACGAUGUCAAGGUCGUCAACCGCAUGCCGAGUUUCCUGUCGGAACGAAGCGAGAACACCGAACACCUCCGGACCGUGUACCUCGGCGUCCGCGGCGGUAGCACCCUAAGCCUGCCUCGAGUCGCCGAGGGCUCCGUGGAGCCGGACGGCACACCCGCCCAACCCCUGGCCAGUCCAACUCUAAGUGUCCUAAGCGAAAGUUCCUUUGUGAGCGUCUACGGACAAAAGGAUCAAGGCAAGGAGCUGGGGCAGAUGCCGCCUGCAUUCGUUGACGAGCCUCUGACACUGGAUGGGCUCGACGUCGGCCUCAACAGGCCCUGCCCAGAUGAUGCUCCAGCGUCCAGGAGACGAGCGGCAUCGGUGGGUCGGGUGGCGGGCAUUGGCAAACCACCGCCUCGGUCCAGCACCGCGGUGCCAUUACAGUCUAUCACGGGCGUCAUUGGCUACGAGUCCCCUCUUCAGCGCAUCAUGCGCCUCGACCCCGCCAUAGGCCUGGAUGAUUCUCCAGUCAUACCCGCACACACGGCACCAUCACGCAGACCUACCAAGGAAGAGAAGCGAGAAGCCCUGCGAAGGGUCUUGACCGACGGGCCAGGCGGCGCUCGCCUGCACGACCAAGGAAUGCCCCCGACGCCCGACACGAUAUCGACAUCCACGCUCCACCGCUUCAAAAACUCGAAUGAGACCUUAUUGCAGGAGCAGGAGCUCAACGGUGCCCUGCUCCAGACCGGCCCCCAGGACGCCAAAACGUCGGAACCCGCGUCUGGGGUUCCCCUGAGCGGACAUCUCUCAUCUAGACACGGGUCGGGCGAUACGGGCGAUGGCACGAGCAGCACGCACACUGAUCAUCGGCAGGCAACUGCGUUGCGCACGCAGACUGCGCGCGAGCCCGCCGUGUUCCGCAAGGGGGGCAAUGACUGGGAUAGUGAUAGCGAUGACACGGACACGCGCUCGCUCGAGUCGAGCCUCGAUAUUUGGCUGCGGGAGAGCGCCAAGCCUGACAACCAGGUCUCUCCAGACCUUUUCAGCUUCCCCACAAACACUGCCGAGGGUGGCUGGGCCGCGCAACCCAUGUAUGGCGGCGCAAACAGCGGCCAGACGGAGGGUGCAAGCAUCGCGCCCAGUCAGAGCCACAUGCAUGGCCUCCUCUCGCUCCGUCAUCAACUGUUCCCCUGGACCUCUGGCCCUCAACCGCCCGACCGGCGAUCCAGCCUUCACGCGCAUACAGGCUCGACAUUUGACGGGUUUGCGGCUGCUGCCAGUAAUGACGGAGGCAGUAACUCGGCCAGCACGCGGGCCCGUCACGGCAAGAAACAGAGCGAGGAUACGCAGAAGAGGGCAGACCUGCGAACUCCCGUGCAGCAGCCACAGGCGCCCCCUCCCCAGCCCGGCAGCGAUCAGAAGCGCUACCCGCCCAUUUCGGGGCAACAGGGGGCUCGCGCCGGACUUAACAGACUACUGAGGCGAUCGAUUGGCGCGGGUUCGUCGUCGAAUGCCCCGGCCGAAGACGCCCCGGCCAGCACCACUGCCGAGACGGGGGUCGCUGCCGAAGCCUCCAAGAAUUACCACCCCAUGGGCGUUCCCUCGUGGGUGCUCCGAAACGGUCCUGCAGAGGAUGAGCGUUCCGGGGCAACUCCUCCGCCAAUUGUGUUGAACCCACGCCAAGCACGCCGAAACACGUGCGAGGCGGAGAGGCCGGCUUCGCCUCUGUUGCCGGCCGAAGCCACGCCGGCCACGAAUGCGCCGCAGGACGUUAACGAAGAUGCGAAGAUGGCGCCUGCACAGCAGUCCGAAGGCAGUGGGACGGGCGCGGGUGCAAGCACUGGCCCGGGGAGUCGGAGAAAGUGGCUGCCUGCUUUUGGGCGGCCCAACACUUCCAAGAACAAGACUAGUUAG